CGCGAGACUUGCCAUUGACAACAAGCUGACCAUGUUGACGUAGACACUAGUCAUUUUAUGAUGACAGUGAAGAUAUAACACCAUGUCGGAUUUGAUACUUUGUGGUCCUUGUGGUUAUGCUGACAACAACAAAAAUGCAGAAAAAUGGUGUACCGUUUGCGAACAGGGAUUGUGUACAGACUGUGAGAAGGUUCACGAAUUCAUAAAAGUAUCACGUGACCAUAGGCUUAUAUCAACAGAAGACUUCCAGCAGAUAAAAUAUAUUUCUGUCAGUCUAAACUGUGAAGACCAUGACAAGCGACUUGAAUUGUAUUGUAAAACACAUGAUGUUGCAGUCUGUUUAGGUUGCGUUCCAUCAAAUCACAGAACAUGCUCUGACGUCAUUCCGUUAUACAAAGCUGCUGAAAAUGUAAAACAUUCAACUGCACUGGCUGAUUUAGAGGACAAUAUAACCGGCACAUUACAAAAUCUUCAACAAAUCAUUACCGAUCGUGAUUCAGCGUUGAAGAGUUUUCAUGAUCAGAAGCAAACUAUCAAAACUACAAUCAAAGAUACACGAGCAAGAAUACUGAAAAAGUUAGACCACUUAGAACAAAAACUACUUCUUGAAUUAGACACACAAUGUGAAAAUUGUAAUUCUGAAGCGACAAAACUUUUAAGUCGUUUAAAAAAAUCAGAGCGGGAUUUAACUUGUCUUAAGGAGCAAACAUCUCGACUGAAGUCAUUUGCAUCCGAAAUUCAACUUUUCCUUGGAACGCGCCAGAUCAAUGAAGCUGUCUUCAAAGAAGUGGAAACCGUCAAAGAAAAUACCAAGUCUGUGAUCAACUAUAAGUUAUUCUUACAGUUUCAACCUUCUAUCAUGUCAUUAAUGAAUGAGAUGGAACAGUUCGGGAACAUAUCCGUUGAGAAGACGACCAUUAGCUUACCGUUCAAAGAUGCAAAGAUUGAUCAAGCCCAAAUCCAACUUCCAGUGUCCGAAAUGAAAAGCAUUAACAACAUCCAUGUAAAGUUGAAAAAGACAUUUAUGGUAAUAAAAAACAAAGGUCAAGCAAUUUGGCUUAGUGGAUGUACUAUAUUACUAAACGAUAACUUGAUGAUCGCUAAUUAUUUCGGAAAGCAUAUACUAAUGGAGUAUAGCAAAAAGGGUAAACAUAUCCGUGACAUACCAUGCUCUGGAGUACCGUUUGAUUUAGCAGUCAUAGACACUGAUCAAAUUGCUGUUUCUUAUGGUAUCAGAAAGUACAUAGAGAUUUUGAACAUAAAAAAAAAUACUGUUGAGAAGAAAGUUGAAUUUGAACAAAGCUGCUUUGGAAUAUCAUAUCAGACGAACAAUCUUUUUGUCAUCAUCGGAGUUGAUAUUGUGAUAUUAGAUACAACGGGAAAAGUACUGAAAACAUUAACAGUUGACUGCGGAUUAUACUUAGCGACAACCAUAGAUAGAAUUUUUUUCGCCAUCAAAAGAGAUCACACUGUUCAUUGUAUCUCUUUCACAGGUGAAGAAAUAUGGGUACAUCAGGAGGAAUCAUUAAUCAAUCCGGACGGCAUCACUGUGGAUGGUGAUCAAAAUGUGUUUGUUGCUGUUGAAGCGUCGAAUUCGCUGAUAGUAAUACAACAUGAUGGGAAGUCGAGUAAAACAUUACUAUCCACAACUGAUGGUCUGACUGGUCCAACUGCUUUACACUAUAACAAAGACACCAAAUUAUUACUAUUGUGCAACAAGCAUGGACCAGCUGCUCUAUACACUGUUGAGUAA